AAACGAAAAAGUUAAACUGCGGACUAGAUUCCCUCUAAAGGUUCGUACCUAAGAAAAGAAAUGUACAGGCAAGUUCAUUUUUUCGGUCAGCAGAUCAUAAGGACGUGUGUUAAGUGCCACUCAGUAUCGAGAGUUUUACGAGUGAAGUUUUGAGGCUUGUGUUAGAAGUUUUUAUCAACAUGAACAAAAUUAUCUGCGUACGGGCCACCGUGGAAACACAAUAGUUUCAACUAUUCAACCUUGCAAUUGUGAUAACAAUGUUUUUGCCAAAUUUAAACUACACAUUCUAAAUAUACCUGGUCGAUAAGAUUUCUGGUAGGACAUUUUUACUUUGUAUUCUAUGUUUCAAUACUCUAUCAUGUGAAAUCAGUUACAUUUAACUAAUUUUUGUGUCACCUUUUCAUAAUUUCAGUAUUUGUAAAGGAAGGAACAUCCAAUUGAAAAAGAACGUGUUGAGGCUUCAAACUCAACUUAAAAAGUGUCAAAAAAAUCUGACGUCUACUGAAAAAAAAAAAAGUCAGACACAAGCUAAGGGGGACAAGAUCUGCUUCCUCAAAGCUAAAACAGAAAUUACAGGGCAACAGUGAAAUUGCCAAAAAAGGGGUAUUCCCUUGUGGAGACAUUUGCUCAUGGUCACAAUGGACACAACCAAAGAACCUUGAUGUUUAUGGCUUGUGUCAGAUACAUGCAACGUGCAUCUUUGUUAUCAUAUCAAAAGACACCUGUAGCAUUACAUCUGAUUUUCAAUAUUUUGUUCAAUUGUAGCCCCCCAACAAACUUCAUUGUCUCCUCAACUACACUUUCUGACUGGAAUGUUCUCUUAGGUGAAUCCGACAAACUAAUUUUAUGCAAGCGCUUUUCAAAUUCCAAGUAUGAUUUUCAUCUCUGAAGCGAUGACUCCCACAAAGGAGGAGAGGAGAGGCACGUAGUGGGUGUUCACACCUGGUGUCCCUUAGAGAACAAGCCAUGAGCUUAUGUCCUUGCAAACAGCCUAACAGCAAGCGGGUCUAGAAAAUACCAGUCUGAUGUAGAUUACCAUGUUGUAAAAAAUGAAUAUGAUAUUACCAAUGUUUCAGGGUUGGUUGGGGACAAUGCCUCUACCCAAAAAGGAAAAGUAAAUGGUCUUUUAUCUAACAAUGCCAGAAUUUUUGGAAAAGAGAUGUUUUUUGUAGGAUGCUACCCACAUGUACUAAACAUUAUGCCGAGAAGAAUGUACCAGGCCGGAUUUGGGGCCAAGGGUGACAUGAGCAACCCCCAUGUUUUACAAUUACUCUGUAAAAUAUCUUGGCUCCAUCAUGAGCGUCCAAGCCAAUACAAAGUUAUGUAUGUUUCUCUCGGUAUUCUAAGUAAAGAGCCACCCCUUCCCCAGACAUUCAUCGACACAAGGUGAACAUGUUAUCAUGAAACUCUCCAGUGGUAUCUUAAGUAUGGAAAAGCUUGUUUACAGCUCACUGAGUGUCUCCUUGAAACAUUGCCAAAAUCACAUAGCCACCAGACUAUUUGGCAAGAUGUCAUUAAGCUGAGCUCCAGUCCUAUGAUUCAAGUUGAAAUCAAGUUUUUGUUUGAAUUCUUCGAUAAGUUUAUCAACCCAUCUCUGAAUACAUUCCAAGCUAGUGAUGCAGAACUUGGAUUCUCCAGUGGUUACCUAGCAAGGUUAUGGCCAGCAACUGUUCUGAAGCACCAUGAAACUUUAAGUAAAAUGUUGAUGUCUCCUGCAGAAUAUUUUCCUUUAACAUCACAACAGGUGAAGAUGUCAUUGAAGGAUCCCAGCAGCUAUUAACCAUUUUCACAAACAAGUGCAGAGGCCAAUGUUACCAGAAGCAAUUAAAGUAAUCAAAGAUCAUAGAGCAGAUUAGGUAACUUUACCCAAGUUGUUUGGAAUGGGAACUGAUCAAAGAUACCAAAGUCCUUUCUGGCAUUCAGUUUUAAAGCUUCUUGAAAUUCCAGUCAGCCCUGAAAAUCAACAAGAAAAGUCAGUGAACAAUCUCUUUCAUGUACAUGGACAGAACAUUUUCACAUUGGUGUCUAAGGAUAGAGUUGGAUUGAUUAAAUGGGCCACUCUUUGGAAAUUGAUGAAAACACAAUUGCUCAGUGAGAUCAAAGAAAUUGCUUCAUCACCACACAGCUCACUCAUAAGUAAAGAAGCCACUCCAAACCUGUUUGAGUUCUACGCCAAGCACAUUUUCAGUCUUCCAGUUAACAAUGUUCUUGCUGAAAGACAGUUCAACCUUUCUCAACUGUAUCUUAAUGAUAACAUGUCAGAGUUAUCAAAACACGCCCCAAUCACAUUUGUUGAAAAUAUUCUGCAUAAUGGAAAAACCAACACUAGGACCACAGAAGCAGCACAUGAAGUUCACGAAGAAAGAAUGAAAGAAUGUACCCAAAUGCUCACCACAGACAUUUUGCAAGAGGCAAAAAAGAACUUAAACAAGAUUAGAGAAAACUGCACACAUGGGCCACAUACUGCAAAGGAUGUUUACCCUAGAGCUUGGGUAGAAAAGAAAGUAAACAAUAACUUACCAGAAACAAUUCAGUCACUAAAAGCAGAUGGUUGCAAAAUUAAACUUCAAUGGAAGGCUUCUGCCAAGGGAACAUCUGCACUGGAGGGACAGAGGUCAUUCAACCCAACAGUAAUUGAGGGAGUUACCUGUACACCUGAUGGACAAGUUCCAAGACUCAUGCAGCUAGCAGCACUAAAGGUGUGGAACUAUGGCAAGGAGCUACCAAUUUAUGAUCUACCAAGAGAAUGCCAGUUGAGUCUACAUAAUCUUCCAAAUGUCUUCCAGCCUCCAACUACUCAUCUUUCCACAUCCCACAUGUCUGAACAUGUUACGCCGUUGCCUGCACAUGAAGAAUAGAGUAG